UGUGCGGGAGCAAACGGUGGAAAGAAGUCGAGUGGCGAGACCAGCCCAGGGGGGUAUCAGAAGUGGAAAAUUUACCGAUGGAAAUCUCAAACCAAAAAUCGUGCCAAGAUCUUACAAAGUUGCUUAAUUCACCAGGACCUGAACAUCAUCGACCUUUAACAAUAGUAGAAGGAAUGUUUGUCUGUUCUGUCUGUGGGAAAAAAUUUCAAACAUCAGUAUGGCUGGAAAAGCACCGAGACACGCACACCCAAGUGAGAGUAUUCCAGUGCACUGACUGCGGAAAGAGCUUUAACCAGUUACACAGCCUGAGAAAACAUCGCACCAUUCACAGUGGGGAGAAACUGUAUACUUGUUCUGUGUGUGGUCGAGGCUUCAGGCGAUCAGCUAGCCUCGUGAAGCACAACUGCAGCCACACUGGGGAACCACUAUAUCAAUGUGGGCACUGUGGAAAAGGAUUCCAUUUUCUGUCCAAGCUGCAAACCCACCAGCGAAUUCACACUGGCGAGAGGCCAUUUACCUGCUCCAUGUGUGGGAAGGGAUUCAGUGAGUCAUUUAGCCUCCAAAUGCACCAGCGAGUUCACACGGGGGAGCGGCCAUUCAUCUGUUCCGUGUGUGCAAAGAGUUUCACUCGGUCAGCGCACCUGCUGAGACACCAGCGAGUUCACACCGGAGAGAGGCCGUUCACUUGCUCCCUGUGUGGGAAGGGAUUCACCCGUUCCUCCAUCCUACUGGAACACCAGCGAGUUCACACUGAGGAGAGACCCUUUAAAUGCUCUGACUGUGGGAAGAGCUUCAAAAGUUCCAAUGAAGUGAAGGUCCAUAAGCAGAUACACUCUGGGCAGAGACAGUUCAGCUGCUCUCACUGUGGGAAGAGCUUUGUACAAUCAUGCAACCUGUUGAAACACAAACGGAUUCAUACAGGAGACACACCCUUCAUCUGCUCAGUGUGUGGAAAGGGGUUUGUAGAGUCAGCUAGCCUGCUGAGACACCAUCGAGUUCAUACUGGGGAAAGGCCUUUCACCUGCUCAGUCUGUGGGAAAGGAUUCAGUCAUUCAUCCUCCCUUCUGAAUCACCAACGUAUACACACCGGGGAGAGGCCAUUCAUCUGCUCCACAUGUGGGAAGGAAUUCAAUCGGUCGUCAAACAUGCUGAGACACCAACGAGCUCACCUGUGACUGCAGUGAGUGGAUUCUGUUAUGAAUCACACCAAGGCACUUGUGUGUUGGGAUUUGUUUCUGCUGAUGUGAAUUAACAUUUAAAAAUAGGCUGUACUUUAAUAUUCUGAACAUAGGUCCAGUCAUUUUAAACACAUUGAGUUGAGCCUUUGUUGUCUCUAAGAUGAAGUGAGAGCUAAUUGAUGACUUUUCGGGGCUGAAGUAACCCUUUAAGAACUGCCAUCUUCAUAAUUCUCUGUUAAUCAUGGACACACAGGGAAAACAUCUUUUGUAAUUAAAUGAUUAAGUUUGACAUCAAUUCUGAAUUAAUUUUUGUAAAAUCUUUAAUUCAGUGUCUGAAUGAUGCAAAUUAUUAAAGUCUCCAAUUA